UAAAUGAAUCAUUAUCGUUAAAUUGAUUGAUUUUCUUCGGAAAAAAUAAAAGAUUUUCCCGAAUCAUUCCGUUCUCUAACCGGUGGGUCCGGUUACUGUGGAAACCGAGCUGUGUCUGUGUGUAUAUAGGGUAAACAAAUCGAAUGUAUUUUCAUUUCGUUCGAUUCAAUCAAAAUAGAAUAUUUUUUUUUGUUGAAAAAACGAUAAUAAUGUAUUCACAAUUAAAUCCAUUAAUAUUACGAUCAUUAACAACAUCUGCUUGUUAUGAUAAUCUAUCAAUUGAAUCUUUGGAUGAUAAAUCAACAACAAAAAUAACAACAAUAUUAGCUGUUCAUGAUAAUAGAAAAAUAGCCAUAAUUAAAAUUGAUAAUGAAAAUGAUGUUGCAAAUAUUAUUGAUUCAACAUUGAUUGAUUUUUCACAAAAUUCCAAAUCAAAUCCACUUCAAAUGAUCAAAAUGAUUCGAUUGCAGAAUAAAAUUUACUUGGUUGUAUUAUCAUCGAAAACUUUGAAGAUUUAUUCAACAGAAUCUGGUUAUAAGAUUUUAUUCGAACAAAAUAUUGAAAAUUUGGAUAAAAAAUUGAAUGAAUUGACAAUAACAUCGAUUGAAAAAUUGAAUGAAAAUGUAUUUGGUUUUACAACAAGAAAUCGAUUACAUUUAUUUGAAAUGACUAAUAACAAUGGUUUUGUUGAAAAAGAAUUUCAUCAGGAUUUGAAAUCCAGUACAACAUCACAGAUUAUAAAAUUCAUUAAAAUUGAUGAUCAAUUACAAAGAUUUGGUUUGUUUGAAAAUUUUACCAAAAUAACCAUUUGGCAAUUGAAUGAGAAAAAUUUUUCAUUCACACAAAUUACAACGUUCGAUUUACAUGCAAACACCAAAUUAACCUGUGUUCAGGUAUUCAAAACAUUCUUGCUAAUCGGUACGGUUGCUGGCCAAAUACAAAUUGUCAACAUUAAAGAUGGCCUUUUGAUGGGUGAAAUUCAAUCACAUAUUAAAUGUGUAACCAGUAUGGAUGUUGCUACAAAUACCGGUUAUUUGAUUUCUGGUUCAGAAGAUAGUUAUGCACGUUUAUUUCGAUUGGAACAAAUUAAUGAAAAUGAAUUUCGGGUUGAAUUUCUUCAACAAUUUAUUGCUCCAAAUGAAAUGAUAUUUGGUACAAAAUUUUUGAAUACAAACGGUUCAUCAAUGGCAAUCACAACAUUCGAAUCGAAUCAGAUAAAAAUUUUCAAAAUGAAAUAAUCACAGGUGGUUUGUUUGUUUAUUUAUUUAC